AUGGGAAGGAAGCCAUGCUGUGCGAAGGUGGGACUCAACAGAGGAGCAUGGUCGACUCAGGAAGAUCAAAUCCUCAUCAACUAUAUCAAAGCCUAUGGCGUUGGCAAUUGGCGAACCCUUCCUCAAAAAGCAGGGUUGAAGAGAUGUGGGAAGAGUUGCAGGCUGCGGUGGAUUAAUUAUUUGAAUCCGGAGAUUAAGAGAGGAAAUAUUUCUGCAGAAGAAGAAGACCUCAUCAUUAGACUACACUCUCUUCUUGGCAACAGGUGGGCUUUAAUAGCAGGAAGGCUUCCGGGGAGAACAGACAACGAAAUCAAAAACUAUUGGAACACAACACUGUCCAAGAAGCUGCGCGUGCGCCGGCAACCCACUCCUCGCCCUUCCUCACCAAUUAAAUCUCCUACCAAUAAUAUCAUUAAUCCUGUAUCCAAACAGCCGAAACCUGCUACCGUUGCAGUUGCACCACCCGGCGCCGGCGACCUUCCUCCUUCAGGAAAACUUGCAGCAGAUUUCGUCGUCUCCGAUGGCGGCCAGAGCUCCGUUUCUUCAACUCCUGUCGGCGAAGAUAUCGACGACGAUCGCGACUCGUUGGAUUUUGAUCACCUGGACGUCGAUGUCUUUGACUUCGACGUGGAAGCUCUACUCAUGCCGCCGGAUUUUAAUGCUUUCAGCUCAUUCUCAUCAUAUUUUCCGAAAACCCACGACUGCAGCAGCGGCGAUGAGAUGAUGACGAUGAUGAUGACGGCGAUGGAGGAUAAAAAUCGUCACCAUUGGCGUCAUCAUGGCGAUCACCCUCUUCCACAUUAUCAUGAUGAUGCUGAUCAUCCUUUAGAACAGGAGCUGAGGAAGGUGGUUUCGUUUCUAGAUUUAGAAUAA